AUCCAUCAAUCGAGUCUGGCUUGGUUGCUUGUGAGCUCGCGCGGGUUCGACGCGAAGCGAGGAGCUAAGAUCGAUUGCCCGACCAGAGUCGCCCAAGGCCGGGAAGGGGCGCCCAAGCCUGAGGCGAACAGUAAAGAUAGACGCAAUUAACUGGCGAGGUUUAUUGAAUAUAGAAAUUCUGUGGAGGUUUUUGAAGUUUAGAUUAUAAUUCCGGAGAAGUUUGGGGGCUGCCACGGAGGAGUGUGUUCAUCACACACACCGGGAGUCGUCCUUCGAAUCCGUGCCCGCUAGGCUUUCUUAUAACCAGGCUUUGGCCGCACACUCACUUGGUGUUAUUAUAUCUUUACAUACUUGAUAGGCUCCUUUACGGCCUUGGUCAUACACUGAAGCGGUUUACGCUCCCCCGCUGUUGGCCAUCCGCCGAUUGUUCACGCGCUGCGAAGAUUGUAAAACCGAGAGGGGCCAAGAUACAUAUUUCUUGAGAUCCAAGAACACAGGAUCUGAUUGCUGUUUAUCUAACGAGCUAUGGAUCGGUAUCAAAGGGUAGAGAAACCCCGGCCAGAGACUCCGAUAAGCGAAAAUGAGAUCCGCAUCACCACUCAGGGAAAGAUGCGUAACUACAUCACAUAUGCGACGACACUUCUUCAGGACAAGGGUGCUUCAGAGAUCGUCUUGAAGGCUAUGGGUCGUGCUAUUAACAAGACAGUCACUAUUGCUGAGAUUAUAAAGAGGAGGAUUGCGGGCCUUCACCAGAACACGUCCAUUGGUUCCACUGACAUCACGGACCUUUGGCAACCACUUGAAGAGGGCCUGCUUCCGUUGGAAACUACACGACACGUUUCUAUGAUAACAAUAACUUUGUCAACGAAGGAGCUUGACAAGACUUCUACAGGAUAUCAGCCACCACUUCCCGCGGAUCAAGUGAAGCCGUUGGCAGAAUUCGACUUCGAAGGAGGUGAGGGUUCACCUCGUGGUGGAAGGGGCCGUGGUCGAGGCCGUGGGAGAGGCAGAGGCCGAGGAGGUAACGGCACUCCGACAGGAGAAUAUAAUGGCGUUGAUGCUGGAUGGAGUCGUGGUCGAGGUCGCAGUCGCGGCCGAGGUAGGGGGCGUGCAUUCCGGGGUCGCGGCAGAGGCUUUGGUGGGUCAGACCUACAGCAAGAGGCAGGAGGCUAUGAUGACAUAGGUGCUGGUGGUGCCGAUGUAGCUCCGCGUGGUCGAGGUGACACAACUGAAGGUACUGCUGCAAUGAAAACCCUUGGAGGGCGUGGGCGGGGUAGAGGAAGGGGACGAGGGAGAGGCCGAGGAUUCCGCACAGACGGUCCAAUGCAGGGGGCAGGAGGAGCUGGAGCAAUGUAAUGUUUAUAUACUGAAGGGCUAGCCUACUGCAAUGGACCAGUUGGUUGAAUCAGUAGUUGCAAAGCAGCUUUCAGUAGAGUUUGAGCUGUUGCACUUUUGCAUAUGACAGUUAUAAUAGGGCUAUUGCUUUGAUUUCUGCACUGCAUUGUGAAUGUUGGGAGCUUUAUGAUGGCCUCUGUGAGAGAAGGCUGUUUUUGCAGAAGUUUUGAACUGGUCAUUGCCGAUC